GGCGCUAAGCCAGACUGAUGCAAGAUUACGGACCUUAAUAAGCCUAGUGCCUACUGCCUACUGCCUAGGCACUAGGUAGCACAUGGCGGCCGGCGCGUUCGGGAGAGACGGACGAAUCCGCCUCCGCCUCCGCCUCCGCCCCCGGCGCACAGAAGCCUGCGUCGCGUACUCUAUCUAUAUAUACCGGCCGCUUCGCCGGAGAGCUCCAUCCAGCCAGCCAAGCCAAGCCAAGCGGGUCUGAUCGGAGGAGCAGAGGAAGAAGCAAAGCACGCGCACCGCAGGUCUGCAGCCACGCCCACGAUGCCUUGCCGCAAGGUCCCCAUGAGGCUCAUCGAGAAGGCGCUGGCGCGCGCCGAGACGCACGCCAGGAGGACCAAGGGGCUGCAGAAGAAGGCGUCGGAGCUCGCCACGCUCUGCGCGGUCCCGGUCGCGCUCGUCUGCUCCGCCGGCGCGGGGGCUCCGCCGCUCGUGUGGGAGUCGGAGGAGGGAGUGCUCGAAAGGUACCGGCGCGCCGUCCCGGCGGAGACCCGCGCGCGGCACACGCACCGGUGCUACAUGGAGACGGAGCUGGGCAAGGAGAGGGCCAAGCUCGCCCGGACGCGGCACGGCUGCCCCGGCGCGCUCGCAGACUGGGACGCCGCGCUCAACGACAUGACGCUGGAGGAGGCGCGCGGGCUGCUCGAGACCAUCGACACGGUGCUGCGGGCCACGGGAGACAGGAUGGAGGCGCUGGGCAUACCUGCCGACGGCGGCCACGGCCCGCUCCAGGGUUCUUCCCACGGCGCCCUCAUGCCGCAGAAGCUCGGGCACGGUGGCGGCAACCCCGUAGACAUGGACGCCGCCGGCUUCCAGCAGCUGCAGAUGGUAUCGUUCCACGCUGGGAACAACGAGGGCCUACUCGAGCAAUUCUCAUGGGACGACCCCUUCCAGACGCAGCCAGGGUGCGGCGGCUUCCAAUGCGUCGGCGGCAACUACUCGGCCGGCGGCGACGCGAUGCUCUCGCCAGGCGUCGCCAAUGCUGACUACAACUACUCGGCCGGCGGCGACGAGAUGCUCACGCUAGACCUCGCCAAUGCUGACUACAACUACUCGGCCGGCGGUGACGAGAUGCUCACGCUAGGCCUCGCCAAUGCUGACUACAACUACUCGGGCGGCAGCGACGAGAUGCUCGCGCCGGCCUUCGUCAAUGCUGACUACAACAACUCCUCCAGCGGCGGCGAGAUGCUCGCGCCUGGCUUUGGCAAUGCUGACUACGACUGGACUGACCUGACCAUGUGGGCCAACGACGAGCUGUGCGAUGCAGUCAUGACACAUGGGUGCUACCCUGACUUCGCCGACGGUACUCUGCCGCCCCAUUACUCCGCUCAGGUCAUCACCGGCGGGGACUACGUCAACACACCACCACCUGGCGGGUACGGGUACCCCAUGGCCAUGGGCGUGGGCGACAACUUCACUAAUCUCGACCGCGACUACACGGCGCACUCGCAGUUCCAGCGCUUCGACACAAGCAGUCUGUUGCUAGGGGCAAUGCAGUCAUAAUUUUGGAGCUAGAAUAUUCUCACGCAUUUGAAGCUAGAAUUUUGCAGAUUUAUAAAUUUACCUGUAUUACGUCCAUCAUUUGUACGGGAAAUUUGAAACAUUAACCAUCAG